AUGCAAGGUUUAUAGAUAAUAAUUAUUAUCUAUAAACCUUGGGUAAAAUGUUCAUAAAAUAAAAAUAAAUAUUAUAAAAUUCAAUUUUAAAAAUUGUAUAAUAAUAUUAGUAACAGACAACAGUUUACUAGUUAAAAUUACCACCAUACAAUUGAUAUAAAACGAUUUGUACAGAUUUAAUUAUGUUAAAAGAAAAUGUGGCAGAUCAUACAUGCAAUAAACUAAAUAAUUUUAGAAGUAAAGAUGAAUUUUUUGAUAAUUCACAUUCUUCUGAAAAUUUAAACAGUACUGAUAAAUUUAAUUUGUCGAAUACUCAUGAAAAGAAUAAUUUUGAAACAUCUAUUAUGUCGACCAGUACAGAUGUUACUUCUCACAAAAAAAUAACUGGAACUAAUAUUGAACAUAGCUCAAGUCAGUUAAAUAAAGCACAGUGUAAAUUUUUAAUAGAUAAAAUACAUUCAAAUGAAUCUAUUUUGAAUAGUCAAGAUGAAAAAUUAUUAUGUGAAAUAGUAGAUAAAAUGAAAGGUAAUAUUUUUAGUUCAAAUACUGAUUUAUUAGAUUUAAAUACCCAACAGUUUAUGGACUUACAUUUAAAAGGUGCUUUCCAACGACUAAAUGCACUUUCACCAACAUCAGAUUUAGAUAGUUCUAAGACACCUACUAUUAAAAAAAUAAAUUCAGACAAUUCAACUGUCAUUUCACCACAACCUUUGAUUGAUGAAUUAAGAAAUUCAGAAAUUAAAAACAAUAAUCCAAUUAUUGUUAAUGAUCCUGACAUAUCAGAAAAAAUCAAUUAUCCAUCUCCUAAAAUUGAUCUUGAAUUGUCUGUUCGAGAUCAUUAUGUUGAAUAUCCUGGUAAAGACCAAGAUAUGGAAAUAAUUGCAUUUCGAGCAAUGUGUGAGGCGUUGUUAAAAAUUGGAGCAGUUGAUAACAAUAUAAAAGAUAAUAAUAAAACAAUUGUGAAGAAAAAUAAUCAAUUGAACAAACAUGUGAAACAUAAUGUAAUAAGGGGCUCAAACAGUACAGAAUAUGACCAUAGUACAUCUAAAUUAGAUUCUUUUAAAGGUGUUAAUGAUAUUUCAAAACGUUUAGCACGCAAAAGACAUCAAAUCAAUGAUUUAAGGUUUGAUUCAUCUGAUGAUAGUUCACCUGAAUAUUCAAAUGAACUAUCUUCAAAACAAUAUAAUUCAAAGAGAAAAAUAUCAAAAAUUUCUUUUUCAAAGAAUAAUUUAAAAAUUAAUUCUAAGUGUUAUUCAGAUACAAACACGAUUCAACCAAAGAAUGUAAAGAAAAUAAAAUUGUGUGAUUCAAUUUUUGAAGAUAAAGAGGUUGAUUGUAUGUUAAUUGAAAAUAAACUUCCAAAAGUUCAAAAUGUAAUUAAUAAUUUGAAAUGUAAAAAUAUAAAUGACGAUUCAUUGGAACAAACCAAACAAUUAAAAGAAAAUCAAACAAUAUUUUAUUUUCAAACGAAUGGAAAAGUGCACAAAGAUAUGUUAAAUUCUAUCAACAAAAAAAAUUGACAUUCUAUUUAAUAAUUUAUAGAGGUGCAUUAUCUAAAAGUUAUGUAUACAUUUUGAUUUAUUUAUAAAUUUUUCUUGUUUUUAUAUUAUAUUAUUUAAAACUAUGUAAGUAACUAAACAAGUUUGUUGAUAAAUGAUAUUGUAUUUAAGGUAUAAAAAAAUAUUUACUGAAUAUACAAUAUAUUCCAAUAUA